GGUCCUAAUAAGAACCCUGUGCCUGCUGAUUGCCGAUCAAGUGAUAGACGACAGAGAGAAAGAAAACUAAUUAAGAACCAAAACACAGAGCGCGCGAGAGAUGUUUCAUGUUUGGAGGGCGGUGCGAUGGUGGGAUGAGUGGCAGCUGCGCAUCCUCGUCCUCGGCAGCCUGUGCCUCCAGUGGUUCCUCCUGCUGGUCGCCCCCAUGCGCAAGUACACCAUCCCGCGCUGCCUGAGAGGAUGCAUCUGGCUGGCCUACAUCAGCAGCGAUGCCCUGGCCAUCUACGCUCUGGCCACCCUCUUCAACCGCCACGCCCGGGCGAGCGCCAGCACGGGCACCAGCUGCGCCGUGGGCAUGGCCAACAUCCUGGAGGUCCUGUGGGCCCCCAUCCUCCUCAUCCACCUCGGUGGCCAGGAGGAGCUCACCGCCUACACCAUCGAGGACAACGAGCUGUGGACGAGGCACACCGUGACCCUAGUGUCGCAGGUCGCGGUCGCCCUCUACGCGUUCUACAAGUCCUGGCCGGCCUCCAGCGACUGGAAGCUGCUGGCCUCGGCCAUCCUGCUCUUCGUCAUCGGCGUCGCCAGCUUCAGCGAGAAGCCGUGGGCCCUCAACAGGGCAAGCAUCAACAGGCUGGCCUCCGUGUCGGCCAAGAUCCAGGGAACCAAGAAGCCUUCCAAGUGGGGGGUUUACCUGGACGACCUUGUCUUCUCCGACUGGUACAAAUGCUUCACCAUGUCGUCGUCCCGGGAGGCGGGCGGCGAUGGGCAUUGGUACAACUGCUUCAGGGGCGACGACCCAUCAUCAUCUAAGGGGACGCCGGGAGACGACGGAGAGGUCUUGUCAAAAGUAGACAAGGUCUACAUGAUCCUUUCGGACCUGUCCCUGCUAGCAGCUGCCGAUGACCUCAAACUACGAGGCAUGGACAAAAAGGGGGACGAGGUCCUCCGGCCCCUGGGCACGAGCGCGCGCAAGGAGAUGCGGCGCUGGCUGCGCGGCGCCUUCGGGUUCAUCUACACCCGCGCCAACGUGGUCGUCCACCCCGCGUACCUGACCUACCACGUGCUGGUGGCUCCGGUCCUGCACGUCGCCGCGCUCGCGCUGUUCGCGACGAGCGACAAGCGCCGGUACAGCCGCGCCGACGUGAAGACGACGUACGUCCUCAUGUGCUUCACCGCCGCGCUGGACGUGCUGGCGGUGUUCAUUCGCCAGCUGCUCUACAAGGCCAUGUCCAGCUGCCCGGCGCUGUGCGAGACGGUGCCCGGCUACAACCUGGUCGACGCCGCCGUCCGCAGGGCGCACAGGGGCGUCGGCUUGCUGCUCAGGUGCGCUGCGCACGCCGGCUGCAAGGAGGAGGAUUUCGACUGCAACGCCGGCGAGAAGUACGCCACGUACGAGACGGUGUCCACGACGGUCAUGGGUGAUCUGGCCGAUGCUAGGGGGCGCGACCUUGCCAGUUACAGGUCCUUCCACUUCCUCCACAGGAGGCACAUUAUCCCGCGGCCUCCAAGUCAGAAUCAGGCCGCCGGCGGCAAUGGCGCGGCCACGGAGGAGGAGAUACAGGUGAUGAUGAUGAUGGAGGACCCGGGCGCCGCCCUGGAGCCAACAAACUUCACCACCGACGACGACCAUAGGCGCCGCCGGCCGAUCAGCCCAACAAGCAUGGCUUGGCCGCCCUACCCCGACGACGCCGACAUGGAGAGAGCACACGCGCCUGCUUGGACCAACUGGGCUCUGAGUAAGGAGCUGCAAGAGAUGUGCGGCCCCAGGAUGCGGAGGAGCCUGCGCGGGUCGUUCGACCGGAGCAUUGUCGUCUGGCACAUCGCCACCGACCUCUGCUUCCGCACGGACCCAAACAAUCCGCGGGUGCAAUUAAAUUCCGAUGCUCGCAGCAAUGCUGCAUCCUCAGGGUCAGGCCUUCCUCCAUGGUGUUGCCCUCCAUUAUUCCUGCAGGCCGGCCAAGGGCGCCGUGCAGGUGCAGCAGCGGGGAACGCCGCACUAGGGUCGCCGUCCUACGACGAGGUCCUGCGCAAUUUCAUGAGCUGCGCAGCGUCCAUAUCCGACUACAUGGCUCACCUGCUCAACUACCACCCGGAGAUGCUGCUGACCGGCAGCAGGCAGCACCUGGUCACCGAAGCCAUACGCGAGAUGGAGGACAUCCUGCACCACGACAUAACAAUGUACAAGGGGGAUAGCCAUGGCCGCACCGGCGAGCAGCCCAGCACAGAGGUCCUGAACCGUAUCAUCGAGGUGUACUCGGAGUGGAGGCCGGCGAGCAAGAAGCUGCGCAUCAACCGGAGCAGGAACAAGGUCGACCUUCCUGGAGAGGAGGCGGCGGCGGCGACGGGCGGCGCUGCGGACGAGGAGGAGGUAUCUCUGUUCCACAUCCCCCAGGCAUGCAGGGUUGCCAAGGAGCUAAGGGAGAUCGAGGACGCGGACGUGCGCUGGCACCUCAUGUACCGCGUGUGGCUGGGCAUGCUGUGCUACUCCGCCAGCAUGUGCAGGGGCUACCUGCACGCCAAGAGCUUGGGCGAAGGCGGCGAGUUCCUCUCCUACCUCUGGCUCGUCCUCUCGCUCAGAGGGGCCGAGACCUUGGCCGACAAGCUCCAGAUGCCCGAGGGAGAUGACUACGACGAUGAACUACUUGCAGACGACGAUGACACCCCGAACCAGCAGGAGCGUCGUCGGUUUUAGUUUGGUGGCUACAUGCUUGAUUUAUAUACCUCUGCUUUUUGCUUGCUUGCCUCAUUCUCUAGUUUCUAGCUCGCUUGGGUGCUGCCUGCUGCGUGCCUCAGUAGAUUGUGCUAAUUCUCUUUGCUGCCUCCACGUUGGAUGCAUGUUUGUUUGUUUGCUGUCUUGUGCGAGCGUUAUGAAUUCGCUCGCGCGGCUUAAUAAACAACCUUAUUAACUCCCGCCA